CGCGGGUAUCAGACUGGAGCAGUGAGCAGAUGCCAUCACCUGUCGCGAUGCUAAACACUGGUGCCAUGUAGAGUGCGAGCGCGCGCGUAAAGAGAGCCAGAAUGGAGUCACUCAACCGAUCCGGGUGGACGGGGCCCAUCCCAGGGGAUUACAACUCCUCCACUGGAUUUGGAUUUUCAGAAAUGUCUGCAUCAAUCGGAAAUUACAGUACCAAUGUAUCAAAUCAAAGCAUCCCAUUUCAAGGAAGCAGCACCAUGAUGACCGCCAUCAUAUCAUUAACCGUGUUUAUCGUUGGACUGACCGGCAACACAUUAGCGAUUUAUGUGGUUUUACGUUAUGCUAAAAUGAAAACAGUAACUAACAUCUAUAUUUUGAACUUGGCCGUCGCUGAUGAACUCUAUAUUUUGGGUCUGCCGUUCCUUACGACACAAAACAUACUUUCCUACUGGCCGUUCGGCUCCUUUCUGUGUCGGGCUGUCAUGACGGCAGACUCGCUUAACCAGUUUACAAGCAUCUUCUGCUUGACGGUCAUGAGCAUCGAUCGUUAUUUAGCGGUUGUACAUCCUAUUCGCUCCACUAGGUGGCGCAGGCCGCGAGUGGCUAAAGCCGUCAGCGCCGCGGUGUGGGCGUUUUCGUUCGUUGUCGUUCUUCCUGUGGUCAUAUACUCCGACGUCCAAGACAAAUAUAACUCAUGCAACCUGAUUUGGCCGGAGCCGAGCAAUGUCUGGUCCACCGCCUUCAUCCUGUACACUGCCACCAUAGGGUUCUUCGGCCCCCUUCUGGUCAUCUGCAUGUGUUACCUCCUCAUUGUAGUCAAGGUGAAGUCAUCCGGCGCUCGGGCGGGAUUUACGAAGCGCAGGCGUUCGGAACGUAAGGUGACGCGCAUGGUGGUGGUGAUCGUGGUGGUGUUUGUUCUCUGCUGGCUGCCGUUCUACAUCAUCAACAUCGUGAACCUGGUCUUCAUCCUUCCAGAGAACAGCGUGAUGGCGGGGGUGUAUUUUUUCGCCGUCCUCCUUUCGUACGCCAACAGCUGCGCCAACCCGCUUCUCUACGGGUUUUUGUCCGACAACUUCAAGCAGAGUUUCCGUAAGGUCCUGUGCGUCCGGAAGGCGAAUGGCGUGGAGGAUGGGGAACCCAGUCUACCGCGGACGGAGAAAACCACGACCCACGACACCACAUUCCUUACGCCGCGGGACAAUGACCUUAAUAGACAUGGAUUGCAGUUAGAGCCUUGCAUGAGCUCAUCUGAGAAGCCACAGACCGCAAAACCACAGAUCAUUGGCCAGUCCACUCUUUAAGCUCACUCUCUCUCUGUCUGCCCUUUCCCUCUUAUUUCAUUUCCUUCUCUAUUCUUUUUUGUCAUCAUUUGCUUUCUGUGGAAGGCGUGGCCACAGCCUCAAGACACGCCUCUGAAUGUGCCAGUGACCCCACCCUCCAGCUCAGCAUCCACCCGGUGCCCUCAGUUACCACGCCUAAUCCCACUCAUGACCUGUGACCCUGCGAGGCCGUGAGAGCCCAUCUGAACAAUGCCAGGAAAUUCUGCUGUAGGAGACAUAAAAGGAAAAAGAAGGGAAAACUGAGGAAAGAAGGAACUUUAGUGAGAGCAUUAUAGGCACAAGGGGAUUUAAAGAUUUAUUUGCUGUCACAACUCACACACAGGUGUGAACAUCAUAUUUCAGCUUAAAAAAAUAAACAAUAAUAAUUUUUAGAAAUUAUUUUUGGACAGUUUGUCCUGAAUAGUAAUAAUAUUGAGUUAUCUCUAGAGAUUUGAA